GUGUUACUCAGCAGAUUUCACACCUCUUCAUGUCCCUCGCAAAAGAUCGUAAUCGAGAAGGCUCACAAGUGUGCCCGCUUGAGCUAUUCGGUAUGAUGCUCCGAGAGGGAGAAACGUCUGAUUCCUUCGGGAGCUACACUGGCAGUCUUCUUCCUUUCCUAUCAGACCCUGGCAAUUCGUCCAGCACUGCGUACGUGCAUGGUACGAUGAAUUCCCCGCCCCAAGAAGUCCUCUCUUUCAUCGACUGUAGAACCACCUCAUCCGAACACUGGGCCUACUCCAACGCUUGGGUGCUUAGUUUCGAGCAAGGCGACGACGAGGGCGAAUGCGCUGCCUGGAUUGACGCCAUGGGUCAGAAUUGCCAGUUGAAUCGCCCUGAUAUCACGCGCCGAACUGCCGAUUCCGGGCUGAUUCAGGAGCUGGAAAGCGGGUAUGGUUCGGUAAGAAGCCCCGUGAAGGAGAAGCCCCGUGCAGCAGCUGCUGUUGAUGGCCUUCAAGAAAGCAUGGAGCAAAAGCGCCCGCGCACGUACGCAUGUGAUAUGCAAAGUCCCAAGAAGCAGUGCGGUAAUGCUAGGAAGACCAAAGACAAGUCUAGCCCAUCCGAGGAUCCUCAGAGUAUUGCAGCAAAGGUGUUCUCAUUCAUCUGCCCCGUCUCCAUCGGGUUCAGUAAUAUGGCUUGAUGGUCAAGAACAUGACCAAGAAUCAAUCACUCGGACGUAACUCGCAGAUUAGGUCGACUAACAGAUGCGUCCUUGUUGCAGAACCGGAGGGAACGGAUCAGUGAGCGGCUCAAAGUUCUACAAGGCCUCGUUCCCGAUGGCGCAAAGGUUGAUUUGGUGACCAUGCUAGAGAAAGCGAUUAGCUACGUGAAGUUCCUUCAGUUGCAAGUGAAGGUGUUGGCAACUGAUGAGUUCUGGCCGGCGCAAGGGGGGAAAGCACCGGAUGUUGGGCAACCAAAGGAAGCCAUCGAUGCCAUCUUAUCCUCUCACGGAGACAGGAACCGCAAGUGUAAGCAGUGACCAAAAACAGCCAUGGUUUGAAGCUAGGAAGGACUUGUUCCCUUUCCCAUUUCUUCCUCCCUUUUCAUUUGUGACUCAGAUGUAAUGCUAACUGAAUUCAUCAGUGCAAUGAAUUUGGCCUUUUUGUGUCUACCUUGUCAAUUUGUAGAGAAGAAGACUCCAUUUUCUGCUGUGAAAUUAUUGGCAGCACAAGGAUCCAAGCCGAGCUAUUAGUGGAAUAGAAUAAGGAUUUUAUGUACAGUGUUGUCUCUAAUCCACAAGAGCUAAAUGUCAACUACUAAAUGAAGGAAUAUAUCGAUCG